UCUCCUCUACCUCCAUAUGCAACGACUCUUGUUCAACCAGACUGCCUUUAUGACAUGAAAGAGAGGCGCCAAUAAAGUAAACAGAUUAUAUCGGAUGGAAAUGAUCAGUUAUAGCUUAUCACAACAUCGAGCAACUAACCGUUGAGGAAGUAUUUUAGCUAGCUCGUUGAGCUGCUCCAUAACGUGUAACUGACAUCGUAAACCAUAAACACAGUAAAUAUGUCACCUUCUUACCUGUUUGACUGUCUGUUUAUAACUGUAGGUGUGCAGAGUUUAGGUACUUCUAACCAGAACCAGGAGAGCACAACGGAAAAGAUGUUUUGGAUGAGUUAAUGCUGCUGCAAAGAAAAAACGUCAUGUGAGUCCCGCGUCAUCACGUGACUGCGAGCGCAACCGAACUUGUUAGUGUUGUUGCUUCCGAGUGCGGAUGCACAACUGUGAUGUUUACACCAGUAUUACCAUGACAGUUUUUAGCCUAAAGACAUCUGAAGGGAGUACGACCGUAAAGUACAUCUAUUAGGGUGCUAAGAUGGAGUUAAAAUGCAGUAUUUCAUCCUAUGAUUACCUCGAAGGGCAGUAACCUACAGACAAGAGAAACCACCUUGAUAUACCAAAUUUAUUAAAGAUGUCAGGUGGGAACCUCUUCAGCAAGGUGCGGUCCGCCUUCAGGAGAGAGCGGACCGACUGGGACCUGAGCGACACGGCGCCCUUUGACUUCGCCGACGAGCUGGUGGACGAUGAGGCGCCCAAAUUCAACAAACUGAAGGUGGUGGUCUCCGGGGAGAUGUCGGACUACUCUGCCGGAGGAGCUCCGUCCAACGGGGUGCUGGCGGUGAGCACGCUGGCGGUGGCGGACGACGAUGACUGCCUGCUGGACUCCUCUUCUUCCAGCCCGGGGUUAAACAUGGACCCCUGUGACAGCUGCACCAGGAAGAGGGAGAGGAUCAAACACAAGCGGGUGAUGAAGAGGCUCGUCUUUGCAGCUUUGCUCUAUUUCCUUUUCAUGACAGCGGAAAUUGUUGGUGGUUACAUGUCAAACAGCUUAGCCAUCAUGACGGACGCUGUGCACAUGCUGACAGACGUGGUGGGAAUCUUGUUUUCUCUGCUGGCCCUCUGGCUCUCCACCAAGCCCCCCACAAGCCGAUUCACCUUCGGCCUGCAUCGCCUCGAGGUGGUAUCGGCGGUCCUCAGUGUGGUGCUCAUCUACAUUCUGACGGCCGUGCUGCUCUAUGAGGCGGUUCAGAGGACGGUGCACCAGGAGUUCGACAUCGAUGGAGAUGUCAUGCUCAUCACUGCAGCUGUGGGGGUGGCUGUGAACCUCGUAAUGGGUUUCUUGUUAAACCAGAAUGGUCACCUCCACUCUCACGGCCACGGUCACUCUUCUCACGGCCACGGUCACUCUCACGGCUCUGCGGCCGCCUCCGAUUCACAGUCGGCUGGGUCGGGUCAGCAGCACGGCAGCCUGGCUGUGAGAGCCGCCUUCAUCCACGCUUUGGGAGACCUCGUUCAGAGCGUCGGGGUGCUCAUAGCUGCCUACAUCGUCCGCUUCAAGCCGGAGUUUAAGUUGGCGGACCCCAUCUGUACCUACAUCUUCUCCAUUCUGGUUCUCUUCACCACAUUCCGCAUCAUACGAGACACAAGCGUCAUCGUGCUGGAGGGUGUUCCCAGACAUCUGGACACUCUGAGAAUCAGAGAGGACCUCCUGAAGCUGGAGGACAUCGAGUCAGUCGAUGAGCUGAAUGUCUGGGCGCUGACAGCGGACAAGACUGCAGCAAUUGUGCAUCUGCAGCUCGCUCCCUCUAGCGCCAGCAACUGGGAGGACGUCCAGGCGAAGGCCCGCCACCUGAUGCUCCACACCUACGGUCUCACCAGGUGCACGGUGCAGGUGCAGACGCACCGGCUGAGGCUGGUACACAGCUGCACACACUGCCAGCAGUCCAGCGCCUGAAGAGACAGAGACUCAUGCUGGCGUUCCAUGGGGCAGAGAAUAGAGUACACAGAGGGCCCGGAGGACGCACCGCUGUCGGUGCCAUAACAGGAGAAACAGUAUGCGGUGUGUAAAUGCAAAAAAAAGACUGGUGCCAAAGGACAGUCAGUGGAACAACAGGAGAUGCACAUUUCUAAUUAAAGAAUCACUACAGCCUCCAGGGACCUGAUGCCCUUACGCUAGCAAAAGUCACGGUGGAGAUAAAAUGUUUGAAGUCUCAGCCGAGAAGAAUGAAAAAGAAACUUGCUCUUAAUUCACCAUCAGCGCCUAUUCCAACAGUUAACUUUUGUUUUUGUCUUUUUACCGUUUGAUUUAUCACAACUGAUGUUUUGUCAUCAGGUGUAAGUUUUACUUUUUGUUGCAAGGACUGCCUGCUAUGAUCUUAUUAUUGUACUGAGGACGUCAGCAGAUGGAAAGGUACCUCAUUGUCAUUUGAUAGUAACUGUGGUCACAAUGCACAUAGUCUGUCCUCACCACCGGCAUAAAUGAGGAAAAAUAAAACCUCAUUGUGUCCCUUUAGUCAACAUUACAUCUCAUCAAAUGCACUUACUCAUUAAUGUUCUUCAGCCAAACUGACUUUGGCUGAAGGGCAACAACUGUAGGUAUUCUUACAUCAGUUUAAAUACACUUUUAACAUUUUACUCUAGCAUGUCUCGUUAACUGACAAUCAAAGUGUGACUGACUUUGAAGAAGGGUAGAAAUGCUCCAGUGGACCGGCGUCAGUAUGGUUUGUACUCGGCUUCUUUUCAUAUCUUUAACUGACAGUAUACUAAUAAGGACAAGUUUGGGAAAUCUUCAGUAUUUCAGAUUCACUGCGUUUUCAAGGAGGGAGGUGUGAGUUGAGAUUUGCCAAUAAUAAUGGUGUUAACAGUGUUUUCUCUAUCAAGUGGCUGUGGGGGGGGUUACGGUAGACCCGUCCAUGUCAGAUAUUAAUCAUCGGGGGAAAUCAGGAACUGGAUCACUGUCUUUGUUUGUAAUAAAGUGUUUAAUCUUU